GCGGUGCAGACUCUCACGUGGAUGCGGAGACCCUUGGCGGACAGGGAUGAUCAACAAGACUCCCAAAAUAGACCUGGGCCUUGAGUUCCCAGAGAAAAAGAAGAAGAAAAAGAAAAAGAAGCUGGUUAAAGAGGCAGAGACUGAUUAUUCGGCUCUACGCCAUGAUGCUUACUUCAUGGCUAUGUCUCCACGGAGGACCACCUCCCCUCCCAAGACCACGGUUCCGGGACAGGUGGCUGAGGUGCCGCUGGUGAAGAAGAAGAAAAAAAAGAAGAGCCACACCUUGGGUGAGGAUCGCCUGGACCCUGAGGUCACGUUGCAGGCCCGACGGGCGAAGAAGUCCCUGAGCCCCAGGAAACUGUCACCCAGCCACUUGGAGCCCCUCAGCAGGGAGGAGGAGGAGGAGGAGAAGAAGAAGAGGAAGAAGUCCUUGGUGCCUCUGACCGUGGCCCAUGGCCUAAAGGUCAAGAUUUCCCCAGACCCUGAACAGGGCGAGGAGGCAACCAGACUGGGCAGGAAGCCCAAAAAGCACAAGAAGGAGAAAAAGACGCAGGAGCUCGGCCCCUUCGCGGUCCAGGACCCGUGGUUCUCGGAGGUGGAAGAUGCACUGUUCAGGUGCUCGGUGGAGGAGCAGGCAGCCCUCACUCAGAAGCGGAAGCCGGAGAGCCCCCGGGAGCAUCAUGCGAAGGUCAAGAAGAAGAAGAAAAUCCACCAGGAGGGAGACGACCUUCUCGGCCAGUGCCAACCGGCCAGGUCCUGGGAGAACAGCCCUAGGAAAGGCAGCAAAAAGAAGCUGGUCCUGCUCGAUGCCCCAGAGUACAUCCCCAUAGGAGAUGGCCCCAAGGUCCCGGUAAAGAAGAAGAGCAAGUCGAAGAAGCAGGUGGAGCAGCAGCCCGUCACGGAGGAGCCAGCUCCAAAAAAGAAGAAGAAGAAGCGGAAAGAGAGCGAGGGGGCCGGAGACCUUUGCGAGGAGGAGCCAGACACGGACUUGGAGGUGGUGUUGGUGAAGUUGGGCAACACGGACGAGGCACACAUAGACCAGGUGAGACGAAAAGCUUUGCAAGAAGAGAUCGAUCGGGAGUCGGGCAAGACAGAAGCUUCAGAAACAAGGACGGGAACACAGUUUGGCCAGUGGGAUACCGCCGGGUUUGAAAGCGAGGAACAGAAGCUGAAAUUUCUCAAACUCAUGGGUGGCUUUAAGAAGCCAUCCCCCUCCUUGAGCCAGCCCCCUAGCAUGCUCGGGAGGCCCAACAUGGCGCUCAGCAAGAAGGCAGCAGAGAAGCUGCAGCAGGGUCUGCAGCGGGACUACGACCGGGCCAUGAGCUGGAAGCACAGCCGGGGGGCCGGCCUCGGCUUCCCCACCACCCAGGACAAAAUCUUCUACAUCGACAGGAACGCAUCCAAGUCAGUCAAGUUGGACGAUUAAACCCUGGUCUCUAGUUCCCCAGCCCAGCCCAUGUUGCGUUUAUUAGCUCAGUCUGUCUCGGGAAGGAAAGCCACCCAGCAGUUGGCACCGCUCACACACUGACCUGUGAGGGUUAAGGCUGACCACGUGUGCACGGAUCAGGUGGGGGUGGCACAGGUCUCCAGAACCACGCAAAUGGUGAGUGACCCACUCUCCUGUCCUGCUCAACGGCCCCACCCUCCUUGGACUUACUGAGGGGGCUGAGCAUGGGCCAGGCCCGUACCAAAGUGUUUUAUGUUGAUGAUCACAAUUAUGAAAUGGGUGCUGCUUUCUUAGCCACCCCAUCUGUAAGAUGGGGCUAAGGUUCAGGAAUAAAAUUGCCAGAGGGUAUUUCUGUCCCUCAGGCCCCAGGUCACUGUUCUGACUCUGACUGUCCCCAGAAUACUCACCAAGUAAGGACGGAAGUUUCUUUGUGGUUGUGGGGACUAGUUCAGCACAGCAGGUCUGUGUCCUAGCAGGAAGUGGAUUGCUGGUGAUAAGUCAGGGGAACACCAAGUGACCUCAGCCCUUCCCUUGCUUACAGAAGCUGUAGGCAGAGCCCAAGCAGCCAUGGCAGAGCUUCCUCUGCUCUGGGGAGCUGGGCAAUGAACUCCUGGCAGAUUCCAGGAGCCGCAGGUGGCAGUGCACGACCCCUGAUUCCAGUGUGUCAGCCAAGACUCCACAGCAAACCUCAGGGGCUCCAGGUGCUGCUAAACCACUUUCUAAUCCUUUAGAGCUUUUUCUGUCCCAAAGUACAGGUUCCUGUUGGAAAAAUAUCACAUUUCUCAAAUAUCUCCUUCUGACAGCCCAGACCUAAACAGCCUGGAAAUUGAGCUGGAGUAGCUGAUCGAGGAGAGCUCCUACAGGCUGGCAGGAGCAACACCCCGGGUAGGAGGCAGUAACCCAGACCCACAACUUGGAUACAGUUUCACACAUAGUAGGUUCUAGGUUGUGAAUCACCCACCCAUCGAUAGUAACGUUCUUAGGCAUUCAAAGUGACAAGAACCAGGUGGCAGAAGAGUACCUGGAAGUGUGUGCUGUUUGAAUUUGGCACAUGCAUUCAGAUGUAGUCACACAACACCAGUGGUCAAGGACACAGUGCGGUACACUCCCAGCAUCCGUAUGUCCUGUCGGACCCACUGUGGUCCCAGCGUAGGGAGCUGUGCGCGAACCCCUUACCUGCCAGUCUAGACUUACCUUUUGUAUACAAAGUGUAACUGAACAGGUCUGGCACAGUGGCACUUCAAAGCUCUCCUAAGCUAUGAAG